GUCUAUUAAUUAAUUAAUAAUUAAAAAUAAGGCAAUAAAAUAUAUUGCAAUGCAUUUAGAUGUGCUUUCUUGAUAAAAAAUGUAUCUAAUUUUGAUGUGCUCCUUAUGUUGUAUUAAUUUUAAUAAAUAUUGUAAAUUUUGUGUAAACCAUGGCUUCUGGAGCAUCAUCUCUAGAAAGCACAGGGAGUAAUGGAGGUACUUUACAACAAAUGUUCAACACAAGUAAAGAUCGAUCUAUAACCAGCAACUCCCUUACAAUGAAUGAUUGUGAAAUAUUAAAACAACAACAUGAUAAGGUUGUUGAAGAGUUGAAUACAGUGCGAAGACAACAGACUGAAGCUAACAGGAGAUGUGAUCAUGCUAUGAAGGAGUUAGAAUAUUACAGAGGACAGCAUAGAGCAGUCAUGAGUCAAUUAGAAGGCGCUUCUCAAGAAAUGGUCAAUUUGAAAACAAAGUACAAUAAUUUAGCUUCUGAAAAACAAAGAAGUGAUAGGCAGGUUCAACAACUACAAGAAGAAAUUUCAAGCUUACAUUCGGAUACUUUGAUUUAUGAAUCCACAAAUGGAGAUACAAGUUCAGUGCCACUUAGAAAAUAUGACUCAAUUAAAAAUCAGUAUGAAUCUUUAAGGAAACGUUAUGACGAUUUAAUGGAAAUUCACAAAUCUGUUGAAAAUAAAAUGGAACAAGCAGUUGACGAUAACACAAUGUUAAAAAAACAGUUCGAAGAUUUAUCACAGGAAAAACUCGCUGCUGUUAGAGAACGCAACAAUGUGAAACAGCAAUAUACUGCAGCAAUUAGAGAACUUGAUAUGGCAAUUCGCCAAAGAAAUGAAUAUAAAGAAGCACUAUCUAAAAUUACUGGACAGUAUGAAGAAGCAAUAAAAGAAAUUAAUCAAGCAAUGGCAGUUAGAAUGAAAGCAUCCAAGGAUUUAAAACGACUUACUGAAGAACGUAAUGCCGCCUUGCAAGAAUACACAUUAAUUAUGUCAGAAAGGGACAAUGUGCACAAAGAGAUGGAAAAAUUGUCUGAUGAUCUUUCACAAUCGAGUAAGAAGACAAAAGCGUUAGAAGCUCAAUGUCAAGAAAUUGCAGAUCAGAAACAAACACUCAUUUACCAAAUGGAAACCUUACGUCGGGAAAUUACCGCCGCUUUAAAUGACCGUGACAAGGCUUUGAAAGAAUGCAAUGAAUUGCAGGAGAAAUUUGGUGAAUAUAAGGAAGAGAACAGAAGCAGUAUGAAAAACAGAUUAGAAUUUAGCCAACACUCUAAUGAUUCUGCGAACCGCGAUGUAUCUACCAAAGACUCAGAUACUUUCCACCGUGCACAACGUGAGCGGGAAAAUAAUGAAAAUUUAGAAAAUACUAAUCCAGAAAUAGAGCGUUUGAGAAAAAGCAUAGAAAAAUUACAAAGUGAGCUAAAUGAAGCAACUCAAGAAGCCGAAGUUUCUAAACGCAGACGCGAUUGGGCAUUCUCUGAACGGGAUAAAAUAGUUUUAGAACGCGAAAGUAUUAGAACAUUGUGCGAUAGACUGAGAAAAGAACGUGAUAGAGCUGUUUCGGAUUUGGCUGAGGCUCUGAGGGAUAGUGAUGAUAUUAAGAAACAACGUAAUGAAGCAUCUAAAGAACUUAAAGAAUUGAAAGAGAAGGUUGAAGCCCACAUUGAAAAGGAGGCUAGAACUACUAACUUUCAUCCAAUGCAUAACAGUGGCAAUAAUAGAUCUCAGGAUAGUGCUAUAGAUGCCGAUAUUCAGGAAUGGGAAUGUGAGGUUCUUGAUCUAGAUUUUUCUAACUCGGAACCCGGUGAUAUUGGAUUUGAUAUAGUGGGCGGGCGGAGUGAUCCUAGGUUUCCAAAUGAUUGUGCAAUUUUUGUGACCAAUAUUAUAGAAGGAUCACCUGCUGAUGGGAAAUUGAAAUUAUAUGAUUGUAUAGCUAGGGUUAAUAAUAUGGAUUGCAGUAAUGCAUCUCGAAGAAGUGUUCUAGAAGCUCUGAGAAAUUGUGGCUCACAAUGUACACUACUUGUGAAACGACGACGCUUACAUACGCGGUGCAUUUAUACGAUACAAUUUCCUGUUUCGAAUAAUAUGGACCAUGGAUUAAGUUUAGAGAGUGGUGUUUAUAUUUCUCAUAUCGCACCAGGAUCUCAGGCUGCGAAGGAGGGUUCACUUGCUGUUGGCGAUAGAAUAUUAACUAUAAAUAAUACGAGUAUUGAUGGUAUUAAGAACCCUAAUGAAGUCAUGCGUAUAUUGAAUGAUGUGAGAUACGAUAUGUUGACUAUAACAACAUUAAAACAAAUUCUACUCUCAAGUACUACAUCGCCAGCCAGAGAAUAUACACCAUAUAUUAGAGAUAAGUCUGCAUACAUGCAUCAGAGAAUGGUGAAUAGCUGCUCUCAAACAGAAGAUUAUAAAAAGCAUUUGGGGUUUGAACAGCCAGUAGUUCAACCAGAUAGACAUUACAUCGUUGCUCAAACUGAUGUUUAUAAGGCCUCUAGUACAAAAAGUCCUGAUAAAGGCGGUCACAAUUCAGGUCCAUGGGAGAUGAUUAGAGAAAAAUUUGAUGCCGUCAGAGGUAGGAAGCAUUCAAAAGAUAGGCAACGUAAUGAGAAGAGCAAAUAUCGUAAUAGUUCACCAAAUGCUUUAUCAAACAGUUACUGGCAGGAACAAGAUGCUAUUGCAGAAUUAGACUUUGUAAUUGAGAGCUAUAGAAAAAAUGGAAAAAGUGGAACAUCCAGCACAAAGAGCAAAAGUCGAUCAAAGGCUUAUUCAGAAUCCAGUAACAUGAAAAAUGGCGGUACAUGGCCCAAGGCACGUUCAAAUGUAAUCUUAGAUGAAAAUCCUACUGGCACAAUAAUACAACAUCCUAAACGUGAGAGGCCAGCUCUUUCUCUGUUUCAUGAAAAUCGAGAAGAUCCAAUAAAAAUUUCAGCUGAACAGCAGCAGCAACAACCAUUUUGCUGUCAAGCUAAUAAUCGGAAUUCAAAUCCUAUUCCAAUCAAUGUACAAGCACCUAUAAGUAAUGUCCUAAAUCGUCAUUCUGUAUAUAACAGUGUUGAUUAUCCAAUGUCUUCUGGUAGUAGUGGUAUACAUUAUAGCAAAUCAGGUCAACUUUUAUGUAACCAAAAGUCGUUUACACCAACUUCUGGUGCUUUUGAAAAAAUAGAUUAUGAUAGCGACAGGUUGGGCGCAGUCUCGCCGCAAUUGGACAUCAUGAAUGAGUAUAAAGGAACCGGACCAAUGGUAUUUUCGCCCAUCAAAUCGCCGAAUUCUAUGGAUAUACCAAAAAGUCAAAUUAGUAAAGAUAUUCAGGACUACUAUGGUACUAAGAAGUCAAAAAAUAUAAAAUAUUCUUCCGAUAAUGAGAGCCUUGGUCCAGAGAGUUUAAAUCCCAGCUUGAACAGUGUAUCUGGAAUAAUAAGCUCUCAUUCUAGGAUACAAUCACAAAUUUACUCCCCAAUCACAACUACUAGCAGCAUGCAUAAGAGUGGCCACUCUUUGCUGCCAUCACUACCAUACCACAUGGGCCACAUUAAUAAAGCACAACAACACAUAGCAAGGUAUCCUAGCCCAAUAAAUGUUGUCCAGAAUAGCCAGUCUGGGGAAAGUUUAGGACUAAGCUUGUCAGACAGGUACAGCUUUGAACCCCCUUAUGGCGCAGCAAAUUCAACCACAAUUGUUGGUAGUUGCCACACUCAUGGAUCUUCAGUGGAUCAUCAUCUCACAUCAUCACGUUCGAAGACUAAUCAUCAUCACAAUCGACAGUCAGCUGCUUUGCAUGGUAGAGACGAUCAUAACAAUGGGGCCUUGUUGGCUUAUCCACAUGGAUACGAAGGUGGUGGUACAUUUCCUAGAAAGAAAGAGAAUCAAAGAUUUCGAAUACCUUCGAAUCCUAGUGUUACAAAUAGUGGUGGAAAAGUGAGCACAGGUUCUAUAGAACGCACAUCAGAUCACGGUUCGCCGAUGCCGACUUUUCAUGUAGAAGUUUUAAGUCCAGGAAACAGUUCUCUUUCUAAUGGGAAACAUAGUUCUCUUCCAGAUUAUUGUUGCACUCAAAAACCUAGUCCAGGUGAACUAAGAAGGGUUCAUAUUGAUAAAAGCGUUGAGCCUUUAGGCAUUCAGAUUCAAUGUUUGGACAGUGGGGGUGUGUUUGUUUCUACUGUUACAGAAAGAAGUCUUGCUAGUCAGGUUGGUUUACAAAUUGGUGAUCAAUUGUUAGAAGUAUGUGGAAUUAAUAUGAGAUCGGCAACUUAUCAGUUGGCAGCUAAUGUUUUGAGACAAUGUGGAAAUUCAAUCACAAUGCUUGUGCAAUAUAGCCCUGAUAAAUAUCAUGAACUAGAAGGCGGCAUAAUUAGCUCUAGCAGUGGUGGCGAAGGCUUAAGUCGAAGUGGUUCUCCAACUCCUAGAAAUAGUCCACGUCCCGCUGUUAAGCAAAUAUCUAGCAGUGUACAGCAGGGAGGUGACAGUUCCGAUGGUGGGGGAUCAAGGGCCCAAGGACAGACUUUGACCAGGAGUCAAAUAGCACAAGCAGUCACAUCAUUACAACGACAGAGCGUCAUACAAACAAGUCGCCCACCAUUGCAAGAUCAAACUGUAGCAUUGCCUCUCCAGAACCAUCAUCAACAUUCACAACAGCAUCAGCAGCCCCAACAAACAGUGCAACAACUCCAACAGCAACAAACACAACAAAAUAAUGAGACCCGAUUUCUUUUUAUUGAGACCAGAAAAUGUUCGAACUUAGGUAUCAGUUUGGUGGGUGGAAACGCUGUAGGAAUAUUUGUUCAUAGCGUGCAAGCGGAUUCCCUAGCUCAUGGAGCUGGACUUAGGACUGGUGAUCAGAUACUUGAGUAUAACGGUUCUGAUUUAAGAAGGGCUACGGCUGAACAAGCGGCUUAUGAACUAGCCAAACCAGCUGAUAAAGUUACUGUUUUGGCUCAUUAUAAUAUGGAGCGUUACAAUGAAAUUAAAGAUAAACCAGGAGAUUCACUAUAUAUUAGAACGGGUUUUGAUCGUUUGGGAGACCUUGGCGAUUCAUUGCAAUUGCGGUUCAGUAAAGACGAUGUGUUAUACGUUGAUAACACAAUGUUUAAUGGGGUUCCAGGUCAUUGGAGGGCAUGGCAGCUGGAUUCCGAAGGACAUCGAAGACAAUGUGGAAUCAUACCUAGCAAAUACAAGGUUGAAGAGGAAUUGAUGUUACGCCGGUCUCUUGGGGACAUUGACAAUGAAGCAAGGAGGGGUUCUACUUCUGCGAGAAGAUCAUUUUUCCGGAGAAAGAAACAUCAAAGAAGUUCAUCGCGAGAUUCCAAAGAGUUAGCUAGCUUUAGUAACAUCACAUUGGGCUGGUAUUCUGAUUCCGGCGCACUGAACGAAGAAUGCGCCAGUUACCAGAGAGUCGAACGUCUUGAUUAUCCAGUGUUCAGGCCGGUGCUAAUUAUUGGUCCUCUGGCUGAUUGCGCUGUUGAUAAGCUGGUUGGCGAUUUUCCUGAUAAAUUUAAGCGAUGCAUACCUGAAGUGAUGCGGUACAAUCAAUCUGCUAUGGAAAAGGGCGUACAAGAUAACGUUUUUGUUGAUUUCAAGAAGAAGGGUGUUUAUUAUGAAUGUACCUCGGUCGCUGCUGUAAAAGAUAUCUGUGAUAAGAAUACACACUGUAUUUUGGAUAUAAGUGUAACAUCUGUUGAGAGGUUGCAUAGACAACAAAUUUAUCCCAUAGUAUUAUUAAUUAGAUUUAAAUCUGGAAAGCAGAUCAAGGAAGUUCAUGAUGCAAGGUAUCCAAUGGAUAAAGUGUCAGCUAAAGUAGCCAAAGAAAUGUAUGAACAUGCAUUGAAAUUGGAAACAGAUUUUAAACAUUUAAUUUCUGCUGUGAUUCCGGCUGGUGUAAGCAUUGCGUAUAUAUGUACGCAGAUUAAAGCGGCUGUUGAUUCUGAACAAAGCAAAACCCUCUGGGUUGCUCAAAACAAUUGAUCGAUUUGAAUAUUGUAAAUAUAUUAUUCAAAUUAUUGAAAUAGUUUAGCACAUAUUAAUAUAAUGCACAAAUGAGGAAAGGGUAAUUUAGAAUAUUUAUCUAACCAAAUAAAAUAACACCAAUGUUUUAUUCAUUACUCUAAAAUUAAGAAUAUAAUAUAUGAGAUAGUAGUGACACUAUAUUACAAAUUUAUUGCUGAAUUUUCAAAUCAACAAAGGAAUAAUACUGCGCAAAAAAACGUUUCGGGAAACAUUAAAUUAUUAUUUAAAUAAAGUAUGACUAUAUAUGUUUUGACAUAAAUUCCUGGUAACGGUUGAACUGGAUUGAAAUAAAUCAGUAGAUAGAAGUGAAACAAUGGAUUUUUAAUCUUUUGAUUGAAUAUUUGUAUAACAUAAAAAUUAUUGGUUGUUU